CUGCGGAGCUUUUUUUUUUGGCGCGCACACCAAGGGCGUUCAGAGCAAGGCGAAAGUCCUGCUUGAGUCAGCAGUCUGACUCAGGCCCUGACAAGGCCAACGCAAACAGGAGGUAUUGGAAGCCCUGAACACUCAGCUCAAACACAUUCUGGAAACUCAGGCCAAUGCAGCAAAGACUCAAGCAGCUUCAGUCCUGUCGCUUUGUUGGUAGCCUUCUAAAGGGUGACAAUUUUCGGACAGCUAACGCAGCACUUUGGAAGGGUUAGGAAGCUUCUGCCAACGCAGCAGCCUGCCAACAAAGCAGAGGCUGCAGCUUUUUUGGAUCAUGCACAGUAAUCGACUGAAUCCGCGUACUCAUGGGAUGUAAAGGGGCAAUCUUUUGCUUUAAUCCUUUCAUUUGCAGAUGAGCUUUUCCGGGACUCCCCUUCUUUUCAAAUCUCACUCAUCUUUCCAAACGCCUGCGAGUAUGGUCUACAGACACGCCGCCUAGAGUCGAUGGUCCUUUUAGUAACCCAGAUACCGCCUGCCAUCAUGGUAAGUCUUAUGCUACUGAGACCUAGUGUAGCCUAAGCUAAGUCAACCCUGUGAAGCGCAGACUUGAUGCUGACAAUCAGCAGCUGAAGCUGAUCAGGCUGUGAGCCUGACAGAGCUCUGGUCACAUAAAGCUGGCUGGUUGCGUAUGCCAGCUGAGCUGCCAUGUCUUUCGACAUGCACCUGCCUUGGGAUUGUGAUGUGUCAGAAUCAGAAGGGACCCAAGGAGAGGACAUCGAAGGUGCUGAGUAUGCUGAUCGAUCUGUCGAUGGAUCUCAGUCUGGACAGUCACUACAAGGUUUCUUUGACGAUCAAGAUUCUGGCAGCAUACAAGGUCCAAGCUUCUACUGGGCUCUCAACAAUGAGGGUGUUUCACCCACCUCUCCGGUUGCCAACUGGUCUAUCAACAGCGCUUUUAGAGAGCUGAUUCCUGUAUCACCGUCAAACAGAUGCAAACGCAAGUCCUCCAACGGUGAAGGCGAGCGCUGCCCAGAAGGAGCUUGUCUCGAGGAGGACAUUGUUGGGGUGGUAUUCACAAUGCGGGCGCUCGAGAGGAAGCGACGCCGUCCGAUUCUCUCUCAAGAGAUAGAGGAGGCGGAGGAGGAGCACGUGCCAACGCCGCAACCAUUCUCACAUGUACUCGAGAGGGGCCAGGAUGUGCGCUUGCGGCUUCAGGGGAACCCCGCUGAGGAUCUGAGUAGCGCAGCAAGCCCACCCCCCGAUGCAGAAGCUGGCAAGCACAGCGCAGCCCCCAACUUCGAUCCGCCUUCUCAUUCGGCGACCUGCGCUUCGGUUGGAGAUGAACUUGGCGUGGCAACAGGCGAUGGUCAUGAUGUGUGCCAGCAGUCCACGGGAUCCGCUGCAGGGGAGCUACAUUACAUGGGCCCUUCCCCCGCUCCUCCGCAUCCUGCCGAUGAGCCUCGCUCUGCUGCUACGGAGCCCACACCUUCGGUUAAAGCAGCAAGGCGAUCAGAAUCUUGGGUGCCAAAGGCUCGUCAAACGGUGAAGAAGAAAUCACACAAGCGUGCGAAGCCGAUUUCUGCCCCAGUGGACGAGGCGGCUCGUGCAGAGAUCCGGGCGGCUCGUGAGGCUCACUUCCGAACUUUGGAGGGAUUGAAGCUUCAACCAAACGGGCAAGAGGUGAUGGCGCGGCCGAUGUCCGAGGCGCAAGGAGGGGGGCAUCAAGCCCCCCAAGAAGCAGUCGCGGCAGAGGCACUUGGCGAGCGCUCGUGCGUGGACGUGACGGUGGCCGAAGGCGGCGAGGAGGACCAGCAGGGUGGCGAGCACCUCGUUGCGGCGGUGCGACAGUCCGUCCAGCACAGCCCAUGGGAGGCGCUCAGGCAGGCUGAGGAACUCGAGAGGCGCCAGGAUGCGCGCCAGCGGCUCCAAGGGACCCUCGCCGCGAAUUCCAGUGACGCAUCAAGCCGGUCCCCCGUUGCAGAAGCCGGCGAGCCCAGCGCGGUCCCCAACUUCGAUGCGCGUUCUCGACUCGCGACCUGCACUUCAAUUGAAGAUGAUUGUGGGGCAAGAGUGGACGAGAAUCAGAGUACGCGCCAGCAACUCCCGGAGAUUGCCGCUGAGGAUGUGAUCAGCGCAAUCACCCUGCAGAGUGCCGUGCGCCAAUCGCUCCGGGGGAUUGCCGUUGGAGUUGUCAGCCGCGCAGCAAGGCCGUCCUCUGUUGUGGAUGCUGACCAUCCCAGCAUAGCCCCAAACCGAAACGAGCCUUCCCUCGAAGAUAAAUCUGAGAGAAGUCAGGAUGCGCGCCAGCGGCUCCAAGGGAUCCCCUCCGACGAUCUCAGCAGCGCAGCGAGCCUGCCCCCCGGUGCAGAAGCUAACGAGCCCAGCGCUCCCCCCGACUUCGACCCGCCUGCUCGGUUUGCGACCUUGGCUUCAGUUGAAGCUGAUCCUGAGGCAGGACGGGGCGAGGGCCACGACGAGCGCCAGCAGCUCCAGGCGAUCGCAGAUGAGGAUGUCAGCCGCGCAACCACCCCGCCCCUCGAUAUAAUGGCCGGCCAACCCAGCACAGCCCCCAACCAAAACGAGCCUCCUCGAUCUGGGAACGAGGCUUCGAUCGAAGAUGAAGUUGAGGGGAGCCAGGACGAGCGCCAGCAGCUCCGGGGAAUUGCCGCUCAAGAUUUCAGCUGCGCACCCAUAUCGCCCCCUGUUGUGGAUGCCGGCCAACCCAGCACAGCCCCCACCCGGAACGACACUUCUCGACCCCGAGAUCAGGCUUUCGUCGAAGAUGAUGCCUCAUCAGUGGACCCUCGCCUGUGCCCCGGCGAGAUUGUCGUCCACAGCGAGCACGACGGGAAGUUGCUGACCGUCAAGAAGGCCGAGCUAGGCACCUUCCUCUUCGCCAAGCGCAAGUUCGACGACAAGGUCGACUACCAGGACGCGAAGAACGGGCCGCAGGGUUGCUGCCGUCGUUACGGCGAAGUGCUCGGCCAUCAGGUCGAGAUCCGGCGCCUGCGUCCCUCCCGGGAGUUCGGGUCUUACCCGGAUUGGCCCUCAGCCUAUCCCAAACUGCGCGGCGAGCCUCAUCUGGAGGAGGCCAUCAAAGCGGGGUGUCCCUGCAAGCCGUACCUGGAUCUGGAACGAGACGGGGGCCUGCCGGAUGGGGAGACCCUCGAGACGGUCAUUGACGCCUUCGAGGGGGCGAUCACGGGCAUCUUCGAAUCGGAAUACGGCCAGGAGCUCUCAAAGGAAGCCUUCAACUGGAUCCCCUGUGAUUAUGGGCCGGGUGGCAAGUUUAGCCUGCACCUGGUCAUCUCCUCCCACUCCCCCCAGUUUGUCUACCGCUCCAACCUGGCGCCCCCAGCGGACCCCCAAGGAGCGGGGCAUCUCGCGAGAAAGCUCAGCCAGCUCUUGCCCGACCGCUACGCCGAGCUCAUCGAUCAAUCGGUCUACACCAGAAACCGGGGGAUCCGACUCCCCUUCUGUUCCAAACCCUCUAAUCCUCGCAGCCGCCUGAUUCCCUUGGACGAGAGUAAGCCGUACGCGGAUGCCUGCAUCACCUGGUUCGAUGACCACGUGCAAACGAUCAAUGUCCCCGACGUCCUGUUCCGAGCAGUGCGCUCUCGCGAGAGGCCAGAGAAUUCAAGCCACCUAAACCCCAAAGCCGCGAGCAUGUAUGAGGUGCAGCGGUGCACGGAGCUCAUCCAGAAUCUGCACCCAACGGCGUACCGCAGGGGGUCGGCGAACUCGCUGAACUACAGCUGGCACGAUCGGAGCGAGCCGUGCUACUCGGGUAACGUGCAUGCCGGGGGGCGGGACAUCCUCUGUGUCGCGGAUCGCGAGAGGAACGCCGUGUUCGCGGUGUGCAGCAGCGAGCGGUUCGAUCCGGAGACGGGUGUGUGCUGCAAGGACCUGCCGGCCAAGUACCUUGGGCCGUACUGGGUGGACAACAAGACCUGGAAGGAUGGUGCUGUGGAGAUCGACAUGGAGUACUUGGAUCGGGACCCGUUGGCUGCCGCACCCAUGAAUCUGGCGCUGAUCCGCGCCGGGGUCAGUCCUCUGACCGACAAGGUCGUCUUCAACGACAUCGUGAACAAGUGGCUCGAGGGCCGGUACAAGGCUCUGCCGAUCAGGAGUCCCAUGGGGAGCGGCAAAAGCACGCUUCUCGCGGCUCUUCUCGCCGAGGUCUCCAGAUUCAAGAAGGUCUGCAUGAUCACUUACCGCCGCACGCAAGCUCUCGAUGCGGCGAGCAAGCACCAGGCGUUCUCCCACUACGAAGAUCUCAAGCAGGCGGAUGGACGUAUGCUCGGCGAUCGCUUCAUCCCCCCUCUCGCCGACCGGGAGCUCCAUCCCCGCGUCAUCGUCCAGCUCGACAGCCUGCCCGGGCUGAUCCCUGAAGACGACGAAGACGCCCCCGCGUUUGACCUACUCGUUCUUGACGAGAGCGAGUCGAUUCUGGCGCAUUUCUCGGCGGACACGCUUCGCGAGAGGCACAGAGUCAUUCAGCUCCUUGUCGAGAUGAUGAGAAGAGCGCGGCGGAUCGUCUGUCUGGACGGGCACUUGGGGCAACGGACGUACGAGUUCCUCACGAUGAACGAGAUAUCAUACUCCCCCGUGGUGAUCAACAAGCAUGCUCCUGAGAGGCCCCUCGAGAUUGAGUUCCUCCAGGGCAAGAACGAAGGGCUUGCCAAGUGGGAGGGGGCGAUUUUCGAGGCGCUGGGGGCUGGUCGCAACGUCUUUGUUGCGAGCAUGUCCUCGGAAAAAGCGCAAGAGUUGGGGGCGACGGUCGUGGAGCGGGGUCUCGUCGAGGGUGACCAGGUCCUCAUCAUAACUCGCCACUCGGACGGUGCAGUCAAACGAGGGCUGCAGGAUGUGAACAGGCAGUGGCGGAAACGGCUCGUGAUCAUCAGCCCCACGGUCGAAGCAGGCGUGGAUUUCAACCAGGACUGGUUCCAUCAGAUGUUCUUGUACGUCUGCCAGAAGAGUACGCACCCGCGGGGACUCGACCAGAUGAAGGGGCGUGUUCGGAAGUUGGCGAAUCCACGGGUCUUGUGUUAUGUCCAGGAGGGCAUCUGGCUGCCAGUCGAACCGGGGCCAUCAGGGGGUGGGUCCUCGAGGGAGACGAGCAGGUCGGGUAGCAAGGCAAGGCUGGGGGUCGAAGAGACCUACCAGUGGUUCCUCAAUCAGAAUUGCAGGGGCGGGCUGAACUGUGUGCAUCCGAUAACCCGACUUCUCGCUCACAACGAGAAGGAGAUCUUCAACGGGCAGACGCAUUUCUGCGAGGAGUUCACAGACUUGCUGCAGGCGGACGGACACGUCAUCGUCAAGAACGUUUGCGUUGACGAAGAGGCGGUCGAAAUGGAGAAAUUUCAGCUAGCACGGUUCUACGACGUCCCGUACCUCAGCGAGGAGUUCUUGCGAACCUUCGGGCCGAAGCCGAUCCAUGCCCUCGACUUCCUGGAGCAGGUGGUCGACGAAGACUUCAAGUACGACAGAAACGAGAUCGGGCGGCACAUGUACCCGCCUCAGAUGACAGCCAUGGCCAGGGAGCUCUUGACGGUCAUGGGAUUCGAGCACGCGCUCGAUGCUGCCCACGAGACCGAUACUCUUAGCACAAUGAGAUCGCGUCUGGCCGGAACGGCCUUCUUUCGGAAUUACUCGGAGAACGUCAAGCUGUUCCAUCAUCGAGCAGCUAGCGUGUCUGACGUUCUGGUUUAUCAGAAGACGGCCACGAUUGCUCUGAACCACGUCUUCUCGGCGUUAGGGUUGCAUCUCGAGGCAAAGAAGCUCGGCAGAUUGGAGGUGAGGGAUGUGCAGAGGGCGGAGAAUGGAAACCGGAAACGGCUGUACCGAUACGGAGGCUGGUUCCUGUCGCGAGAACCUCUGCGGACGACUCGGCCCGUGCAAGGGCCCCCGGGGGUGAACCUGAUGUGCCAAUUGUUCAAGCUUCGUCUGGCGGAUUCGGAGACUCUCAGGGAGAGGGUUCCGCCGGCUCUGCGGGAGUACUUGGACGGGAUUCCGUUCCAGUGGCCGGAACUCGUCCAGCACAGGAGAUGUGGUAUUAUUGUGGGUCCAGGAGAGGAGUAGAAUGUCGUCGACAAGAACCCAAGUCUGAAAUGCAA